GUGAUUUUCAAUGGAAAACAAACCGAAAUUGCCAAAAUCUGUGGAAAGUAUCGAAAAAGCACGGCUGGAUGAGAAAUACGCGGAAACCGUGCAAAUCUUCGAGGAAUUCCACAAAAUCGCGUGUCUCGGCGAUUUGACGUCAAUCUAUCGGAGCCGCGCAUGUUUUGCGGCUGAAAAACGCAAAUCGGCACUUGUAAAGCCGGCAAUCGACGUUUUUCGAGCAUUUCCAGCGUCAAGACCCACAGUUUUUCACUAUACGGGCCUUUUAAUCCACGAGAGCGCUCAUCACUGGUUCAACGCGCAGGAAAAUGUGCAACAGGUUUCCAACAUCACCAUCGUCAACGAAGCCACGUGUGAACUACUGGAUUUUUAUAUGAAAUUUUUCGCGGAAACCGAUGGAAAUAGUGGUCUAGAAGAGUGUCUGCAGUGGCUCUGUGAAAUAUGCUCCGAGCUCUCUUCGAAAAACGCUGGCCGCCCCGCAAUGCUUCCGGCUCAACAAAACGCUGAAAUCCUUCAAAUCUGGAAAUCGAAUGACGUCAUCGACAAGCUUCUCUCCCUUCUGAGCAUUUGUGUGACGUCAUCGUUGGCUCAGAACUCUGUCGGCUGUAUGCGGGCUCUUUUUGAAGCUUCACGACACGGACAACACUUUAGCUGGAUUUGGCUUCACAUUGCAACCCUACUCCAAGGCUCAAUCAUCACACAUUUACUGGAAUCGGGUGCCGAGCAAUUCCGCACCUACGUCAUUGAAAUUUCAAGCCGAAAAACGGUCCAAACGGGCGGUCCGGCCGUGUUGAACAUUAUUCAGACAGAGUACGAGCACAAAUUUCGCGCGAUUUCCGACGUUUUCAACUUUUUGAUGCAAAAACGGAAUCCCGAGCUGCAGGAGGCCGUUAGCCAGCUUAUUGUGGACAGUCUCGACUUCAAGCCGGCGGCAGGCCGAGGCGGCGGCUCGGUAAAUCGCCUCGGAUUCGCCUUUUUCUUCAAACUCGUCACGUGCUCGCUGAAAACUUUGCAGAUUUUGGUCAAUACGAAUUGUCAUUUGAUCACCCCAUUCAACGUAAUUCGUGCAAUUCGACAAGUUCAAACCGUCGAAAAGUCCCUAAUACUCCCGGCAAUCACAUUUUCCGAUUUUAUCAAACAAAUUGUGGAAGACGUCGACCCAAUCACUCAUGGAAUCAUUUUUGAGCUGCUCGUCGAGCUCGUCUAUAAUCCCGCAGUUUUUGAGGGCGAAAAUCUGCCGGAAUUUCGAGAAUCCAACGAGAAAAUCCGAGCCGACUGCUUCCCGGUGCUCGACGUGAUGAUUAGCCGUAUUAUACGAAUUGCUCACUCGGCUGGAGGCUACAAGUGCUCGUCACUACACCCGGCUAUUCAGCUUUACUCGUCCGGCGAAAAACUCCAAUUUAUUAUCGAUUCGGCGAAAAAUUGCACUGAUAAUUUGCAAAUGACUUCAUCAAUAAUUCGUCAUCUCCACGCGAUUUCCAUCGCUUUUGACGAAUCAAAAGCCGCCGAAAUUGCUCUCCGCUUCCUUAUGACUACAGAUUUCGGGGAUUCCAAAAAACUGGAAAUCCUGAUGGCCUACCUCUCGGCUACCGUACCCUUCUACCCACAAAUGCUAGCCAAGAUGUGGGCAGAGUUUGGCGGGCUCCGCGAGCUCAUCGCCUUCUCGUUCGACCCGGAAUCCCCGCUGAAACGCGACAGCAUCCACGUUCACAUGAACCUUUUGCACAAUUUCCGAACGAUUUUCGACUGGGAACUGCACACGGCGCCGGCCGCACCGAAAAACUCUUACGGAUUCUGGAAAUUGUAUCCGGGACAGCACAUUGGUUCGGUGCUCAACACGAUUUUGACGAAUACCGUCAAAAUUUGCUGGGAACUGCAGGAAGCCAACAAGCUCUCCGAAGUGAUAACAAUUUAUCGAUUGGUCACCAAACUGAUAGAAGGCGUUUGCCAAUCGAACAGCACCGGCCGCACCGCCGCCGAUCAAAAUGUGAAAAAUUCGCGAAAAAUGGUGAUCACACUGUCUCAGAUGUACAAAUUGAUGGCACAAUUCGCGAUUUUGCUGAAAAAUGCGCUUUUGUUGGUUGGAAGAGAUCUUCCCGAUGGAAUUGUGAUUUUCGAGGAGCUCCGUGCCCAGUGCUUAUAUUUCUUGUUCGGAAACCACCUCGACCCGCAACUUUCCCGCUUUUCGCCGGUUUUUGUUCAAAUUUUCGUCCAGUCGUGCUACGCGGACGCGAAAAAACUCUUCCACGAGCCCAUCAUCGAUCACGGCUUGGAGCAACUUUUAGAUGAAACUCAGGGUCUUGGCCGGAUUUUGGAUAUGCAGGAGCUUGUCGAUGGACCAUCUGUGAUCGGACAGCUGAAAUCGCUGAAAAUGCGAGAUUCCGCGUUGGCAAUGCUUCAUACGGGACAGUUGAAGCGGCGGCGGCUUCUCGAGGACCCGGUUACUGUGGAAAAUGAAAACGCUACACAGCGUGUCUACGUGGUCCUAGACGCCAUCCGCCUAAUGUGUACUUCCGGAAAGCUGGAAAUUCGUAUCGGAUGCAGUAAGCACCUGGCUCAGGCACUACUGCAGACAAUCUGCAAAGAUUCACUUAUGAGUGAUAUGCGAUUCGAUGAAUGGGAUAGUGAAGCCGAAUUUAUUCAUCGACACGUUGAAAUCGCCCAACGCAUCGCCCGUUCGCCGUUCUCCGACGGAAUCCUGCGUAUUCUUGCCGAAACUCGAAGUUUCGCCUACUGCCUGCCUAUCAUGAAGUCGAAGUUGGCCGUGCUGCUCAACGAUACCGAAAAAUUCCCCGAACACGUAGCAAUUUCCGAGCCAACGCGGCAAAAGCUACAAAACUGGGUGUUUUUGGCGCAAAAAGGCGGGAUUUUGCCCGGCAGACUGGCGCCGAUUUGCGAUUUGGAACAAUUCUCCACGUGUCAUGAGACACAUUUGAUGCUCGUCGAGAUUUGGCGAUUUUUUGUGGUCCGUCAGCUAAAUACCGCCACAAUCGACACAUAUCACAUGGAAAUUCUACGCGGUGACGUUGACGAGGGCCUGCCCGCCGAAAAAGAAUCAAUCGAUAAAAUCAAUACUUCUGUCUUUAGAAUUAUCAUUCAAAAUCAUUUGCCCGACUCGGCCCACUUGUUCCCGAAAAUUUUCCCGUUGGAAUUUGAAUUUCUGAAAUUGUGCAAAGUUGAAUAGUUUUCGACUUUUCCCCCGAAUCUCGCUGUUUUUUUGUUGUAUUUUUAUUUAUUUAUUUGUUUUUAUAAACUUAAUCU